AUGGAGAAGGGAAAAGGUAGAGAAAAGCGUAAUUACAGCAAGGAUGUACAGGCACCACUAAAUCAAUAUAGCGAUAGCGAAGGGGUUGUCGCCAAUGGCGGCUGGCACGAGGCCGAUAAUGCUUCACACGAUGCACAGGAUCUCGAUUGGGAUAAGCCGCCUGCCUACGAAUUUCACGGGUCUGGUCCAAACAUUGAGACGAGUGUUGUUGCUCAAGAUGAUGGGAGAGUUUCCAUCAAUUUCGCGGCUAGUGAGAAGCUACCCAUUUCAAUUCCAGCGGAGCCAAAGCCUUAUACCCCACCCAAUAUCGCUAAUCACAAAUCUCCUUCUCUGAAUAUCGUGAUUCAAAUCGUCGGCAGCAGAGGCGACAUUCAACCAUUUAUAGCUUUGGGGAGCGCACUGCGAACAUCAGGGCAUCGUGUGAGAAUUGCGACCCACGAUGUUUUCCGAGAUUUUGUAAAAGCCACCAACUUAGAGUUUUUCCCUAUCGGUGGGGACCCUGCAUCCCUCAUGGCCUACAUGGUCAAAAACCCAGGAAUAAUUCCAAAGUUCGAAACGAUCAUGAGCGGCGAGAUCUCGCAGAAACGUAAGAUGGUAUAUACCAUGCUUGAGGGAUGUUGGAGAUCCUGCAUUGAGCCAGAUCCGGAAACAAAUAUACCGUUCGUUGCAGAAGCAAUAAUUGCCAACCCACCAAGUUUUGCCCAUGUGCAUUGUGCGGAAGCUUUGGGCAUUCCUUUACACUUAAUGUUCACGAUGCCUUGGAGCCCUACAAGGGCAUUUCCUCAUCCUUUGGCCAAUAUUGAACGAUCAGACUCAGAUCUACGAACUAUGAAUUACUUAUCCUAUGCGCUUGUGGAGAUCAUGACCUGGCAGGGACUUUCGGAUGUUAUAAACCUGUGGCGCAAAAAGUCACUGAGUCUCGAACCAAUACCAACGGCAACGGGCCCUCUACUUUGCGACACACUUCAAAUCCCCUUCACCUACUGUUGGUCACCUGCAUUUGUGCCAAAACCAGCGGAUUGGGCAAAUUAUCUUGAUGUGUGCGGUUUUUUCUUCAGAGAAGAGCCAGAUUAUACCCCUGAUGCGGAAUUGGACAGCUUCUUGAGAAGUGGUCCACCUCCCGUAUAUAUUGGUUUCGGUAGUAUUGUCAUUGACAGUCCAGAGAAGUUGACCAAUAUUUUGAUCGAAGCGGUUCGAGCUUCCGGGUCAAGAGCAAUUAUCUCCCGUGGUUGGAGUAAGCUUGGUUCUGGGCUGAGCGAGUAUGCCAACCCAGAUAUUUUUUUCCUAGGCGAUUGCCCUCACGAAUGGCUGUUCAAGCACGUAUCUUGUGUUGUACAUCACGGCGGUGCUGGAACCACGGCAUGCGGUCUUCUAAAUGGACGCCCGACAGCCAUUGUCCCAUUCUUUGGCGACCAAGCAUUCUGGGGGCAAAUGAUUGCUGCAGCAGGCGCGGGACCUCUUCCUCUCCAUCACAAAUCCCUCAGCCAAGACAAUCUCACUCAAGCAAUUCAGUACUGCUUAACACCAACAGCAAUGAGUGCGGCCACCGAGAUCUCAGAAAAAAUGAGACAAGAAAGUGGUGUCCAAAGAGCUGUAGAAUCCUUCCACACCAAUCUGCCAGUAGAUGCCCUCCGCUGCGAUAUUCUUCCCGAUCAAGCUGCUGUAUGGCAAUACAGUAGCAAGAGCAAGAAGGGUUUCAAGACGUCUGUCAAGCUAUCUGAUGAAGCUGCUUUUACACUUGUAGACCAGAAGAUAAUUGACCCAAAGUUUUUGAAGCUCUACCAACCCAAACCAAUCUCGAUCGAAAAUCUCCGCUGGGAUCCUGUAUCGGCCGGAACCCAUGUUCUUCUCAGCACUAUGACCAACUUCACCCUUGGCUUCAGCGAGGUCUUUACCGGGCCUGCGAAAGCAUUUCAAAGCAAAGAUAAUGGUGGCGGUGGUAAAGAAGCAGCUAAGACUUUUGGAAAGGGGUUUGGAAAGAUGGUAGGCGUACUUCCGAAAGCCACACUAGUGGAUUUUCCGUUAGCUUUGACUGAGGGUCUGCAUCAAAUGCCUAGAUUGUAUGGCGAUGAGGUGAGGGAUCAUGGAAAGGUCAAGGAUUGGAAAAGUGGCGGUGUUGUAGCUGGGAAGAAUUUUGGCUACGGGUUCAUGGAUGGCCUAUCCGGCACAAUCACCAAACCCUACAAAGGCGCGAAAGAAGGCGGCUGGGCCGGUUUUGGAAAGGGGGUAGCGAAAGGCGCAAUGGGGUUAGUUACUGGCCCUGGAUCGGGUAUGUUUGGUCUCUUUGCGUAUCCAUUUUUAGGAAUGUAUAAGUCCAUUACUACAUCUUCGCUGUCGCCGACUGGGGAGAAGAUUGUUUUGGCGAGACAAGUUUAUGGGAGCUAUAUGGCAUUAGAGAGGGAGAGUAGGAAUAAGGGGGAGAGUGAUGAGGGGGAGGAGAGAGUGGUAGCGGGGUGGGAGAAGUUGAAAAGUGCUGAGUGA